AUGGCACUACCUGAUGCCGAGUCAUUUGCCAAAGCAUGUCUGUUGAAAGGUGAUUUCUCGUGGGAUACUUGCUGGAAAGUUGCGCGCGCCACACCCUUGAUUGUUAAGCAUGAGCUUCGUGACAUAGUUUCCGGAGCCGAUCCGCAUGGCGAAGCCUUUGCGUUUGGUGUGUAUGCGUACGGGGCCUUUGCUGAAAUUACAAAUCUCACCGAACGUCAUUGCGAGUUCGUUCGCUACUUGAAUUGCUGUCUUCGUUUGCGUGAUAAUGACACGCGAUGGUCCAGCCUAGCCCUCAACUGCAACGCCAAAAUGAAGCCACACAAAGAUGUCCACAACUUAGUGGGCAGUAUCAACCUCAUUGUGGGUUUUGGCGAUUAUGUUGAUGGUAAGGUUUGGAUUGAGGAUUGCACCGCAACGGUCAACGACGGCUUGGUUGCAAAAGACAUUAACGGUCGUACCGUCCUGGGGCGUACUCAUGAUUGUAAACAGCGUGUGCUUGCCUUUCCUCCUGACCGCAUGCAUUGCCCUGAGCCUUGGAAAGGCGAACGUUGGACACUCGUUGCAUUUGCGAGCCGAGGAGUGGCAAAAUGCUCGCGGGAUGAACUUUCCGCAUUGCGUGAUUUGGAUUUCCCCGUUGGGUUCACUCCUCCUGAGGCUUAUGUGGCACAGGAUGCCUUCGUUGAGUGUCGCACGGUGUCGUUUGUUGACGAAGUCGAAGCUUAUCCAACGGAACAAGCCAUUAAGCGGAAAGCUGUUCUUGCGUCGGGACAUAAGCCCACUCGCCGUAAACAACAGGUGGAACAGCAUCGCGAUGAUUGUGGAGAUUCCUUGGACAGCAUUGUUGAGUUUGUGGAAACCGUCCCAUGGCAUCCGCACCUUAUGGGAGCCAUGUUUGAAAGCCCAUUGCAUGAAGCGGAGUCGUAUUCAGCUAUUGCCGAAUUUGCGUUUGGCCGUGGAUUGUGGUUGCAUGGAUCCGGUGUUGAUAUGCCCAUGAAGAAAUUGCAACAAAGGCCUCACAUGAGCGUUGGGGGACUACAGGUCUUUCAUCAAAGUGCUCUUCAAGCGAAUGAUGGCCGAAUUGUUGCAGUGGUUGAGCUGUUUGGAGGUGUUGGUGAAACUUCAUACCUCGUUGCUAAGCUUCAUGGUCUCAAAGCCGGUGUCAACUUUGACAUUUGCUGUGGGUUUAAUCUGAGCAAAGCUCGAGACAGGGAGUUAGUUAAAGAAUACGUAGCCACGCGCAAACCGUUGGUGGCAGUCAUGGCUCCUCCUUGUAAGGGUUUUGGGCAACUACAGCAUAUGAACAAAGCUAUCCAUCACGACACGUGGCAUCGAACUCGUGCCGAAGGUUUUGGGUUGGCGCAGUUUUGUGCCGAAAUAGCACGCGCACAAUGUGUCGCAGGUCGUCACUUUGUGCUAGAGCAGCCUUUACCCAGGGCCUCCGGUUACCCGGAAUCCGGGUAA